UCGUGCUCUCUAUAGAAGUAUAGAACACGGGACGCGGCGGAGGCGACAGGGCGCGGCGCACGAGUUCGUGGGCCGAGCGAUUCCGCUGGUUGAUAGGAUCUAUUGCAGUUAUGAAUAAAUUGGUUCCACGAGCUAUGUAUUAUUUUCACAGUGUUGAUCGAAGAAAUUUGGGCAUUUCAAAGCAUUUUAUACCCUCUUUAUCGAAAAUUAAGUAUGGUCCAGUUGAUGACAGUUACUGGUUGAGGAGAUUAGAUCACAAGGAUUGGCUAGCGCCGAAUGAGGUCCUGAAAAUAUUUACAAAUAUCAGACAUCCUGAUUUACUUACAGGCGCAUUCGAGAAGGUCACGACUCGUAUGGACUACAAACCCAGUGAAGCUCUCUAUAGUUUAAUAAUCGACAAACUAGCCUAUGCACGUAGAUUCAACGAGGUGGAGGAUCUGUUGAAGAGGGCUAAGAAUGAGAAUUGCCGACUUUCUGAUGAAUUCUUUUAUAGACUGAUCAAAAUGUACGGAAAUGUUGCGAACCAUCCAGAAAAAGCCAUCGAGACACUCCGCAAUAUGCCCAGUUUUCAUUGUUGGCCUUCGGUUAAGACUUUCAAUUAUGUUUUAAACAUGCUUGUGUGUACUCGACAGUACGAGAUUGUUCAUGAGAUAUACAUGAGUGCGUCCAAAUUGGGCAUAACUGUUGAUACCUGUUGCUUUAAUAUUCUUAUAAAGGGCUUAUGUCAACUUAAUAGGCUAGACGCGGCGUUUGCCUUAUUACAUGAACUACCAAAGCAGGGAUUGGAACCUAAUGCUACCACUUAUUCGACGCUUAUGCAUUCUCUUUGUAAAAAUGGUAGAUUAGAUGAAGCAUUUGAGGUAUAUAAGAGAAUGGAAAAUGAAGGUAUUGAUCUUGAUACGGUAACAUUUAAUGUAUUGAUUAGUGGCCUUUGCAGGCAAGGAAGGGUGGAUGAGGGAUUGAAUCUGCUAAAGGAAAUGAAGCUGAAGGGGUGUUACCCUAAUUCAGGAACUUAUGAAGCACUUCUUUGUGGGUUUCUUGGCAAAAAACAGUUUGUGAAGGCUAAGGACUUUAUGGAAUUUAUGAUCUCUCAAGGAAGCAAACCCAGUUUUUCAUCAUACAAACUGAUUAUUGAGGGCCUAUGUAGUGAAGACAGUUUGGAUGAUGCUUAUUCUGUACUAAAGCAAAUGGUGGAACACGGAUUCGUUCCUCGAAUGGGCACUUGGAAGAAGAUUCUUACAUGCAUGUUUUAGAAGAUUCACUUGGGUCCCAUUUGUCCUAGCUGGACCU